GGGAGAUGCAUCGUUCGUGCAAGCUUGGGGGUUCGCGCGCGACAGGGGAACCGGAGAGUACAUGAUUCAUUUCUCCUCCGAUUCAAAGAGCUGUAAUUACCUGUGCCUUUUUAUACUGGGUACAACGCAGUUACUGAACCAGGAAAUUGAUAAGCACUGUAAAUUAACAUCGUACGGGCAGGAUAUUUACUUGUUGACAAGUUUGCUUGAUGGCAACCAUAUUGGAUUCUUUUGUUGGAUUUUGCAUAAAGAAGGUACACGACAUUGUUAUGGAAGAGGCAAUAUCGAUUCUAGGAGUUGAUGAAGAACUUGAAGAACUGCAUAGGAGGAUGAAACAAAUACAGUGUUUUCUUCAUGAUGCAGAACAGAGGAAGAUAGAAGAACAGGCUAUCAACAAUUGGCUUGGUGAGCUGAAAGAUGCUAUCUAUGAUGCGGAUGAUAUUAUUGACAUGGCCAAAUUUGAAGGCAGUAAGCUUCUAGCGAAUCAACCUUUACCUUCUCGACUGCAAAUAAAAUCUAUCUUUUGCUGUGAUCAUUCAGUUUUGUCUUGCAUUCACAAUGUUCAGACUCGUCGCAAGAUUGCGCUCCGUAUUAGAAGGGUAAACCAUAAACUUCAGAAGAUAUCAAUUGAUAGGACAUUUUUAACACUGGAGAAUGUAAAGGCUACAUACAGAGUUGUUGCAGCAAGUAAGAGACAUACAUCCCAUCUUGUUGAACCCAACCUUGUGGGGAAGGAGAUUAAAUAUGCUACUUCAAGAUUGGUGGAACUAGUACUUGCACACAAGGAAGAUAAGGCAUACAAGCUUGCAAUAGUUGGAACAGGUGGAGUUGGAAAGACAACACUAGCGCAAAGCAUGUACAACGAUCGAAGAGUAAAGGGCAAUUUUAGCAAACAGGCAUGGUUGUGUGUUUCUCAAGAUUAUUCUGAAGUUAAUCUUUUGAAAGAAUUGCUUCGAAAUAUAGGAGUACAUGAAAGGCAAGGUGAAACUGUUGGAGAGCUCCAAAGCAAGCUUGCUUCUGCCGUUAAAGAUGAAAGCUUUUUUAUUGUAUUGGAUGAUGUAUGGCAGUCAGAGGUAUGGUUAAAUGUGGUAAGAACUCCAUUUCAUUCUGCUGCUAAAACAACAAUUUUAGUGACAACUCGAGAUGAAUUAGUUGCGGGGAAAAUCGGAGCAGACCAUCUCCAUCGGGUUGACAUGAUGUCAACAGAUGUUGGAUGGGAGCUACUUUGGAAGAGUAUGAACAUAAAAGAAGAGAAAGAAGUGGAAACCCUGAAAUCCAUGGGAAUCAAGAUUGUCAAAAAAUGUGGUGGUCUUCCACUUGCGAUCAAGGUUAUUGCUAGUGUUCUAGCAACCAAGGAGAAAAUUGAGAACGCAUGGGAAAAAGUUCUAGGAAGCAGUGCAUGGUCUAUGAGCAAGCUUCCAGCUGAACUUAGAGGUGCCUUGUACUUGAGUUAUGAUGAUCUACCGCACAAUCUAAAGCAGUGUUUCCUUUAUUGUGCUCUAUAUGUGGAAGGUCUGAUGAUGCAUCGUGCUGAUCUUGUGCGGUUUUGGGUUGCUGAAGGCUUUGUCGAAGAGCAAGAAGGCGAGUUACUGGAAGAUACAGCAGAAGAGUACUACCAUGAGUUGAUUUAUAGGAACCUUCUUGAACCAGAUCCUUUUUAUUUCGAUCACUACAGGUGCAAGAUGCAUGAUCUCUUGAGGUGUCUUGCUCAACAUUUAUCAAGAGAAGAGUGUUAUUUUGAUCAACUACCUUUAGAGACUACUACUUGGUCCAAACUGAGACGCAUUUCCGUUGUCAACAAAACGGAUAUCGUAUCUAGCAUGGUUGAAGGUCACUACAAAGUAAGGACUUUGCAUUUUUGCAUGUCACCAAAAAUAGAUAGUGUUGUUUACAUGAGAUUUCCACAUCUUCGAGUUUUGGACUUGACUGGCUCACUUGUACAAAGAAUUCCAGAUAGCAUCAGCAGCUUGAUCCAUCUACGUUUGCUUGAUCUUGAUGCUACUGAUAUAUCUUGUCUUCCAGAGUCCAUCGGUUCUCUCAUAAACCUUCAAAUAUUGAACCUGCAAAGGUGCUAUGCAUUGCAUAGUCUUCCAAUGGCAAUUAUCAAGCUGUGCAAUUUAAGACGCCUUGGUCUUGAUGAUACACCGAUAAAUCAGGUGCCAACAGGAAUAAGUAGGUUGUCAUUGCUUAAUGAUCUACAAGGAUUCCCUGUUGGUCAUAGCUUUGUUAGCGCUAGAAUGCAAGAUGGGUGGAACUUGGAAGAGCUAGGUCAUCUUUUGAAAAUGAAGAGACUUGACAUGAUAAAACUGGAAAAUGCCAUUCCUUGUGGUACAUCAUCAUUGCUACUAGACAUGAAACACCUCAAAUUCUUAAAUCUACGCUGCACUACACACACAAAAGAGUCAUAUACUGAGGAGGAUAUUAACAAUGUUGAGAAUGUUUUUGAGGAACUAAACCCUCCAUGCAACCUAGAAGAUCUUAGUAUUGCUGGAUCCUUUGGUCAAAGGUAUCCAACUUGGAUCGGUGCCAAUUUAUCUUCGCUAAAAAUCCUGCGACUCAUAGAUUGCACAUCUUGGGCACAUCUUCCAGCGGUUGGUCAGUUGCCUAACUUGAAGUGUCUAAAGAUCAUGGGGGCAUCUUCUGUAGCAAAGAUUGGACCUGAACUUCUUUAUGACAAGACAGCUAAUCCCUGGUUCUUGGAGGCAAUAGCCUUUCCUAGGCUUGAAUGGUUAGUCAUAUCAAAUAUGCCCAAUUGGGAGGAGUGGUCAUUCACUGAAGAAAUAGAAGCUUCAGAUGGAAUGAGUUGUACUGAAAACAACAGAAUGCCUCUGCAAGUGAUGCCUCUUUUGCAGAAAUUGGAACUUGGAGACUGUCCAAAGCUUAGAGCUCUUCCUCUGCAGCUAGAACAGGCUACUAGCUUGAAAUGCCUCCACAUAGAAGGGGCUCAUGUUUUGAAGGUGGUUGAAGACCUUACUUCCCUUUCUGAUUCCCUUUUACUCAACAAGUGUGAAGGUUUGGAAAGCUUGUCAAAUCUUCCUCAAGUUAGAACUUUGUAUGUAUCUGACUGCCCUGCUUUAAGGCAGACCGAGAAGUUGGAGCAUCUUCAACAAUUGUGGCUAUCAAAGGAUUUGCAGAUGGAAUCUCCUCUGUGGUUAUCGUUACUUAAACAACGACAUUAAAAACUCCAUGGCGAGGAAUUAGAUCUUUACACAUGGUGAUGUACAGAUGACCCGUUAGAUCAAACUUACUAUCUUCUCUUGAUUACAUUCUUUUUGCUGACUUUCUUCUUCACAUUUUUUUGUCACAUAAAUUUUCCACCUCAUGUAUUUGAACAUAUUUUGUAUAUUCCUAAGAAACAUGUUUUAGAUCAUGUCUUUCUUAGUAUUGUCCUAGAACAGUGGUUAUCAUUCCCUCAAGAAAACACUGAAACAGGGUGAUCCUGUAAUAUUCAUGUUACGAGCCAUCCAAUCUGUAAUGCAGAGAAUGUGAUAUAUAGCCUU